GGGGUGGAAUCGAUGGUCGCGAAGCCGAGGGCACAUAACACCUGCGUUCUCUCUCCUCCUCUCGCCAUUUUCUCCGUCGUUGCUUACAGAUCUUUAUUUUUUCCGCUGUUGUGAGAUCGGUCGCGGAGGAGGCAUGGCGGAGCAGCUUACCGACGACCAGAUUGCCGAGUUCAAGGAGGCCUUCAGCUUGUUCGACAAGGACGGCGAUGGUUGUAUCACAACAAAGGAGCUUGGAACGGUGAUGCGUUCUUUGGGUCAGAAUCCUACAGAGGCAGAGCUGCAAGACAUGAUAAAUGAGGUUGACGCUGAUGGCAAUGGAACAAUCGACUUUCCAGAGUUUCUUAAUCUGAUGGCUCGCAAGAUGAAGGAUACUGAUUCAGAGGAGGAACUAAAGGAAGCGUUCCGAGUGUUUGACAAGGACCAGAACGGUUUCAUCUCAGCUGCAGAACUCCGCCAUGUCAUGACCAACCUUGGAGAGAAGCUUACUGAUGAGGAAGUUGAUGAAAUGAUUCGUGAAGCAGAUGUCGAUGGCGACGGCCAGAUCAACUAUGAGGAAUUCGUUAAAAUCAUGAUGGCCAAGUGAAUGAGGUUGUAAAAUGCCAUUCUAAUUCCUCACCUAGUAGUUAGUUAUCUGAAGAGUUGUAGUUGUGGUUGCGCUCUAUCAGUUGUGUAAACCCCCCACUAGUUUUCUAUUUGUGUUUGGUAUUUGGUUGGAACUACAUGCACUCUUUCCUUUUUUGCAGCCUUUGUUCCAGCCAGUUGUAAGAUUGGAGCAAUGGAGAUUACGUAUAUGUUGCUUAUUCUAAAGAAGGUAUUCAUUACUCAUUA